CCCCACCGCAUCCAGACCGACUUACCUUUUCAUUAUAUCUGCGAUUCUUCUUCUUCUUCUUCUUCUGCCAAUUUCUUCUCAGAUCUACUCAGGUAUGGUUGUUUAUUUCCUCAGCUUUGCUUUUCUUCUUUCUUAUCUUCUCCUCACCUUUCUUUUGCAAGCACCACCGCCACGCUACCUGAGCUCCUCUGCCGUCAACCAAGAGACCCUAAUAGCCUCCGAUCCUACACUCUUUCGCAAAAUGCUUUCCGCUACAUCAAAUGCACAUGAAGUCGAAAUUUCUCAGAAAGUUCAGGAGACAUUUGGUGAAGAUAGAAUUAGUUUGCUACCCGACGAUUUGUUAGUACACAUCCUGAUGUUUGUUCCGACAAAAGAUGUUGUGGCCACCAUGAUUUUGUCGAAACGAUGGCGAACUAUCUGGACGGUGGUGCCAAGACUCGAGUUUGAAGACAUCUGGGGAAGUACUAAUGGUAAGCAUGAGAGCAUUUGGUGGUUUCUUGACAAGUCGUUGCAACUCCACAAGGCACCUUUACUAGAAAGCUUGUGUAUCCGACUUGGUCAAAAAUGUCCUACUGAUGUUGAUGUUACAAAAUGGGUUGCAAGCGCAGUUGAUCGUUACGUGCGCAAGUUACGGUUUGAUCUUAGGUGGUCCGCGAAACCUACCAGCAUGCCUAACAGCCUUUACACUUGUAAAACGCUCAAUGAAUUGAAACUCUCUAAUAAGAUUCUCCUGGAUGUUCCUCCUUCAGUUUGCCUCCCAUCCGUUACAAAGCUUUACCUUUGUGAUGUGGUGUAUAAAGAUGAAGUUUCUUUUGUUAGGCUUCUAUCAAGCUGUCCUAUUCUAAGAGAUUUGCUUGUGAUCCGAUGUAAAGAAGACGACAAUGUGAAAGUGUACAGAGUGAAAGUGCCUUCUUUAGAGGAGUUCAGCUACACUAAUGAUAGGCCAUUAUCACAUGGCAAUGAUGUAGGGGAAAUCGCUCGGUCCGUUGUCUUAGAUUGUCCGGCAUUAAGGCAACUCUAUAUUUAUGAUUCUUCAGGAGACUCUUAUUGUAUCGAGAAUAUGCCUUGCAUUGUGCGAGCUGGUAUUGACAUCUUUUUUGCCUACCCUGAUAAAAAGUUUCUGAGAUAUCUUUCGGCGGCCACGUCUCUAUCUUUGACUUUGACCCAUGGAUUGGUUAUGUGUAGACCCGACAACUUCUCUCAGCUUGUAGAUCUUAUGAUAUCGCCAUUUUACUCAGACUGGUUGGAACAACUUAUGCUUAUGCUAAAAAAUAAUCCUAAACUUAAAAGUCUUACGAUCGAUGAUGACCAUAAUAUCCCACUUUUGUGGAACAAACCGGAUCAUGUUCCCGAAUGUUUGGCAUCCCAUCUUGAGUGCUUUAAGUGGCUAUCAUAUAAAGGAAAAGACGAAGAAAAAUAAUUUGCAGCAUAUAUCCUAGCAAACUCGAAGUGUUUAAAGAAAGCGGAUUUCCUCCUCGAUUGCGACAGUUUGAAAGAGGAAAUGAAAA